ACCAGAGGAAAAGGGAGAGAUCAGCCCAGGGGAGGAGCAGCUGUGGAGCUCAGGAAGCCUUAUAUCCAUACUGGGACUGCAUGGGGUGGCACAGACAGUGCACAGAUCAGUGACAGGCAACAAGCUUCACUGUUUCUCCCCUAGAUGCCAGGAUACUACUUUGUUUUCUCAUACAUUAUCGUCUUUAAACCAAGUUUUUUGUCUUCAUAAUAUGACAACAGGUCAUGGAGUACCCUGUGCAGAGAAAGGCCAGAAAUCUUUCUGUUUGAAUGGAGGCAUUUGUUAUAGCAUAGGUCCUAAUCAACUCUGCAAAUGUAUUGACAACUACACAGGCCAGCGCUGUGAAGAAGUCCUCUUGGCUAGUGUGGAAACAGAACCGCAAAGCAACUUUUUAUUUAACUUCCUGGUUUUAGGAUCUUUUUUGGGGUUGAUAUUUUUGGGAUUAGUUGUCUUUUGUUGCAGAAGAAAAUUAAAGAAUCGUAGUGAAGACGGACCAUAAAAUGACACUUGUGUGGACCCAGUGGAAUUCCAGAUAACCUGAGGUUUAAGAAGACAUUUGCUGCCUUGGAGGACUGGACAUUUGAAGUGAAUUUUGCGACUAGCAAGAUGAUGAUUUCCCUCACAGCAAGUUACCUGGCAGCUUCCGCAGAUUUUGCAAGCCGAUUAGAAUUUAGACUCUGCUUUUAUGCUUUUUGGGCAUCUCUUUUAAAACAUAUACUGCACAACCUGGAUCUGAUCACAUGAAUCCACUAAGCUAUUAUGCUAAUAGGUCAUAAGAUGCAGGAAAGAAUCUGCAAAAUCCACAAAUAUUCAAGCUACACUAAGUGAGUGCUGGAACGGGCGGAUAUGUGAGCUGAAGCCAACUUAGGCGACAAGCGAGACGAGGGAAUGUCUUUGCUGACUAUUCAUAGCAUUAACAUCAAAUUAUAGGCUAGCAAGACUUGCUAAACCAGCAGUUGUCAAGCCAAUAAAUGAGAAAUGAGGAUGGAUGACCUGGGUCCAGUGACUGGGAAGAAAACAAAUGGGAAAUAUAUCAUUCACUUAAUGCUUGAUGUGAUUCUGAUCUGUGGAAAUAUCUAAUUUAAGUAUUUAAAGGGGUACUCUGCUGCUCAG